AAGACCCAGAGAAGAAUCAUUGUGGAAAUGAGAAGUACCAGCGAGAGCAGGAGAAGCUGAAGGUGGAGUGGGAGAAGGCCCAGAAGGAGGUGGUGGAGGAGGAGAAGAAGUAUCACGAGGAGGAGCGCAGGAUCCUGGAGGAAACGGUCAUGCCUCUAACCCCCCGCUCCUCAGCCUUGCCCUCCCCCAGUCGAGGGGAGCUCUCCUCCGGCUCGGAGUCUCCGUUUACCAUCGUCCGUUCUCUGGCCGACUGGGACCGCAAACAGGAGCUGCUGGAGAAGCAGUCUAGAAAAACCACAGAGACCGCGGAGUGGAAACAAGCAGAAAAUGACAGAACCAGUGACGUCAGCUCCGUGGACGACAGCAUGAAAACAGGCAGAAGUUUGGUGAGUCAGAACAGCAGCCAGACAGAGAGACCCGCUCACGGCGUUCCCAACGGCCAGAAGGUUCCCCCAGCUGUGACCAAACCUGCAACGACUCCAGUCAAGAACCAACAAGAGCCAACAGCUGACAGCAGCAGACCCAGCCGGCCCCCAGGAGAGAGGAGGAGCGGCCCCAUUGAUAAUAGCAUAAGAAGCAGCUCAUCAAAGCCCCCCGCAGCACCAGAAACAUUACCCCCACCACCCAACAGGUCUGUCAGUGGGAAGAAGCUGUGCUCCAGCUGUGGGCAGCCUUUAGGGAAGGGAGCGGCCAUGAUCAUAGAGACCCUCAGCCUCUACUUCCACAUCCACUGCUUCAAGUGUGGGGUGUGUAAGGGACAGUUAGGAGACACAACCACAGGGACGGACGUCCGGAUCAGAAACGGCCUCCUGAACUGUAACCAGUGCUACAUCCGCUCCCGCUCUUUUAUUUACAGUGAUGAGAAUUAGAAAUCCGAUCCUGUCGUUCUUCUCUGAAAGCUGUAGGCUCUGCUGGCCGUCUUUGCUCAGAUAAUAAAUAAAAACACUCAUAUUUUAUUUUGGAAAUUGCAWUAAAGGCACAACAAAUCUACAGUAAGUAUAGGUUUUAAACCUCACGCUGACCUCUCUCUCUCUGAACAGAAGAAAACGAGCUCUUCAGAAAUGAAAAUUGAUUUAAUAUCGUGAUGUUUUGAAGCGUUUGGGUCCCAACAAGGUGUUUUUUUGUUUGGUAAAUCCGUUUGGAACGUGCAGAUUUUAACGUGCCUUAACAAAACAAGGAGCAAAAGCACCGGAGCCACGAAUUCUGUUCAAAGAGGGAUUUUGUUACCGAUUCAACUGCAGCCCUUCAGUGUUUAAUAMAUCCCUCGAGAAGCAUCGAUGUAAAAUACGAAACACAAUUUUGUGUUCCACUUGUGGGUUCUUUGAUUGGAAAUUGUAAAAAAAACAAUACAAAUGAUUUGUGAAAAUCUAAAUCUCCAUCCUGCAGGGGAACCAUUAAUUCUGCUGUUAAAUCAGCUUCUGUUCUGCUCCUCACUGAAACUAUCCUAUUUUUUCAGCUGUUAAAAUCAUUUCUAUAUAUUUAAAUUAAAAUAUAUUCAGAAACUAAUAACACACCAGUGUGUGUGUCCUCAGCAGAGGUCAGUCAGACGUACCAGCAGCAGCUGCACCUGUGCAAUAUUUGGUUGGAUGAAAACUAAAGAGCUGUUUUAACCUGCUUACAUUUUAUCCUGUAAGAGCUCCGUUAUGUGUUGUGGCUAUUAGAAAUAAAUAAAUAAAUAAAAAAUUGCACGUUUAAGCACAAAACCAAAUAAUUUGCUGUCUGAAAGCAACAAGCAGCUGAUUUAACCGGCUUCAUCUCUCUCUGAUUUACAGGAUUUCCAAACGUAUUUCUCUGAUUCUGUACGUUUUUUAUUUUUAAUCCUCAUUUAGCUGAYGAGUAAAUCUGUGAGGAGUCUCUUAUAGCGGGAUCUUUGAGACCGAGCGGGUUUUUAAGAGUGGCGGGAAGGCGGUGUAAAGCUUUUUGCAUCUGUACUGUAUUUAUUGUAAUAUUUACCUGAACAUUAUCCGGAAUAUAGAUUCAUUUGAUGUUUAAAUGCAAUGACAUUUAUUACGGCAUACUGUAUGUUUAUAAAUAAAACGUUAUAAAUUAAA